AUCGCUCCAGUAUUGGAAUGGAAUGUACACGUGUACACCAUGCGCCAGAUAGUGGCAGACGAUCAGACAGGAACAGCCUACAGUAUCAUGACUUUUACUUCAAAGAUUGGCAAACUCAUCACCUCAGUUCUCUCUGGAUAUGUGUAUGGCAUCGCCGGUCCAGUUGUGUUAUUCAGAUCUUAUGCUGUGUUAUGUGUGGCUGCUGGUUUUAUAACAUUUCAUACUUUCGGAUCACUCGGAAAUUCUCCUGGGGUUGUAACAUCAACUGAAGCAAUGGAGAGCGCAAGAGAUGAGCGGAAGUGCCUUCUGGAAAAUGGCAACUGCACGACAUUACCGCCAUUCACUAUUGACUGCAAAGUGCAUGGAAUCCAACCAAAUUGAUCCAGAAUCUCGCAUAGUAAUAAAUUUUAAAGAUUGGCAAAAACAGUGGUGGGAAAAGCAUAAUUUUGAAUGAAGUUAAGAUACUGAACAAAAAAAAAGAAGAGUGAUGAGGAAAGUUACCUUUUUACACAGAGGCUAAUUUAAAUAAAUUGAUAAUAAUAAAAAAAA